GUCUUGUCCCAUAUCAAGUUGUCUACAUGCUUUAUGACGCGUUUCGCUCAGAAAUGUGACGGCGCACGGCCCAUCUGCGGGCCUUGCAUCCGCUCAAACCGUGAAUCCGACUGUGAGUACACAGAUGGGCCUACCCCGAGUCCGACGCAGGUGCUCGAGGACAAUAUUUCUCGCCUCGAGGCGCGCAUAUAUGAGCUUGAGCAUCCGGAAAUGGUCACGCCCUCUGUGACGCUUUACGAUCCGCGCUCCGCGCCGCCUGUAGCUGGACCGUCUAGUGUCUCGGCUUGUCAGGCCCAAAAUAUGCCCAUUGCGGGUUCGUCUGGCAGACAGCCUACGCCGACCGCGUUUUUGAUUCCCGCGCACUCUGUCCAAACAUUGAAUCCCAAUUUCGGCUCAAAACCCUCCCCAGAGGUCAUACAGAUGCUCAUCGGCCAUUUCCUCCCACACGCGUCCCAGGUCGGGUUCUUCCUCCACCCCGCACGGUUCAUUGCACGCGCCACGGGCCCACAUGCCUUCACAUUCGCGCCAGCACUCCUCAGUACCGUCUGCCUCUGGGGAGCGCACUUCUCGCGCGACCCCGCGCUGCGCGCACAUGAGCCCGUCUUCCUCCAUCGCGCCGUCCACAGUGUCACCGCUGCGCUCUCCCAGGCACCCGCGCACGAUCUCAUACAUGCGAUCCAGGCCGAGGUGCUCCUCGCGCACUACUUCUUCGCCGAGGACCGCCUACCCGAGGGCCGCUACCACUGCAACGCCGCCGUCGCGCUCGUACUGAGCUGUCGCUUGAACAAGCUGCAUGCGGUGCCUAAUCCCGUGUCCGCGGCGGCGGUGACGCGAGGCGUCGAGCUGUCCCCGCCAGCGGACGCCAUGGAGGAGGGGGAGCGGAUCAACGCGUUCUGGAGCGUGUUCGUCCUCGACAAGAGCUGGGCAGCCACCGUAGGCUCGCCAUCGCAUUUUAAUGGGUCCCAUGAUGCACAGGUAGACACUCCGUGGCCGCAUGAUAUAAAGGAAUAUGAACAUGGUGGUGUACCUCAUGGCGUCCAAGGCUCGCGCACGGCGGAGGUGUUCUUGGCGGACAUUGUUUUAGACGGUGGAGGGGUAUCUUCGCUCGCUCGGCUCGCCAAAGCCGCCGCGCUCUUCGAGAGGACCACACGUCUCGCUUCGCAAUGGACUCCGACGAUGGUUUACGUAGAGCGGUUCAUCGCUGACUCCCUCGUCCUAGACAGCGUGAUAGACCAGUUCAUCGCCUCGCUCCCGCCGAUAGGAACACCGCCCACCCAGGAAGACGCCCGCAAGCUCCUGCUGACGCACACGUUCGCACUGACCGCGACGAUCCAGGUGCACGGCACGCUCAAGCAAGCAGAGGGCGGCACGGCACAGGGCAAGGACGUCGUUGCCGCUCAUGCGGCCGUCGCCGCACUCGACAGCAUCGACCUUGCGCAACUCGCGUUUGCGGACCCCAUACUUGCUAUCCUGUGGACCUCGGUGUGCCGCGUGCUGAUAGGUGAGAUUGCCUGCGUACGUGUGGUCUGGACGUCUGCCCUACUGCGCGGCGGGGACACAACGGCAGCAUCAGGAACAGCAGAAACAGCCGCCACGCUCGGUGCGGAGCACGAUGGCCACCUCGCUGGGCUGCAGAAAAUCCUCGAAGCGAUGUCCGCGCUGGCGCACGCGGUGCCGCUGAUGGCGGUGCAAGCUGCGAAGAUCCAGCAGGAGCUCGAGGGUGUUCCUCGGUGAACGCGUGGAGCGGGAUAUGCCAUGUGAGGGUUUUGCGCAUGGUGUGCGUCUUUAUGGAAUCGGUCAUCCUUUCAAUGGUUUUGUGGUUUGUUUCCCUCACCGGCACGUCCGCUCCUUUGUGAUAUCCU